AUUUACAAAAAAAAUCUGCUUUCCUCUUUUACAGAAAGCAAGAUGAUUCUUAAAGAAAAUGUCUCAGAAUAUCAACCAAAAUUGAUAAAGAAAAUCAUGCUCACUUUGUGCUGGAUCCUAGCAUUGUUUGUCAGCAGGGCAGAAGUUAGAGAGAUUUACUUGCCAGGAUGUUCCCAUGUCGAACCUCAAAUAUGGUAUCGUGCAAUUAGUGAUGAGGAGUUUGUUUUACAAUGUGCUUUACCAGAUAGAGAUGCUACCCACAUUUAUAACAACUCACUCCUAAAACAACAUCAGGUGGAAUGGUUCUGGCAUCAGAAAGGUAAAGAGCCACUGAAGGCUAUCAAGGGAAGCUCUAAUCCUGCUCUCCAAGGUGAUGCACUUUGGUUUAAACCAGUAAGGGACAAUGCUUCUGGAGUGUACAUCUGCAUGAUACGAGAAAAAAUCCCAUGUCUCAAAAUUGUUUUGGAGGUUCAAACAAAGAAGGUGGCAAAAUGUUCAGGUUAUGACACAAAUAUGCUAUAUCUUCUUGCUGCCAAUGGGAAUUCAAUAACCUGUCCUGGGACAAAAUGCUACAGCCAUGUAAAAAAGACAGAUGUAAAAUGGUACAAGGAUGGUCAUCAGAUAAAACAUAGGAAAAGCAGACAAAGUCUAAAGCUUAAGCCUAAUGAAAUCUACUUGAAUCCAACCUAUGACAGAGAUGCUGGAAUAUAUGUGUGUGAUUACACUCUGUAUGACAACACUACCAAGUGGACAAUGAGAACAGCAGUAACAGUAGAAGUCAUUGAAAAAAACACUAUCCAUCCACCAAACUUCUUGUAUCCCAAUGGUGUGGUGAUCCUUGAAGCAGAGCUUGGAAAGCCACUUGAAUUGGAAUGCCGUGUACAGUUCGGGUUUGAAAGAGUUUCUCUGAUGAGGGUAACAUGGAAAAGAAACAACAAAGAAAAUAUAAAUGAGAAAUUGAAUCAGGAAACAAGCAUUUAUUCAAAAGGUUUAAAGGGGCACACACUUCUUCAUGUUGCGAAACUGAAAGAGGUUACUGAAAGGGACCUCAGAAGCAACUUCACGUGCUUUGCUGAGAAUUCGGUGGGGAAUGCCACUGCUGUGAUCCAGCUGAAAAGAAAGCAGAGAGUGUUUCUUUUAUAUGUACUGUGCAGUGCCAUUUCUACUCUAUUUGCAUUCCUUUUGUGCACUGCCUUCAUUUACCAGCACUGGAUUGAAAUAGUGCUGAUGUACCGAAGUUAUCUGGUCCACAACGAAACUACAGGAGAUGGCAAAGAGUUUGAUGCAUUUGUGUCCUAUGCAAAACCAGACUCUUCUGAAAGUGACUCUACUUUAAUUACUGAGGAAAAAUUUGCCCUGGAGCUUCUUCCAGACAUGCUGGAAAAUAAAUAUGGAUACAAGUUAUGCAUUCUUGAAAGAGAUAUUCUUCCAGGAGGAGCAUACACAGAUGAAGUUGUUACAGCUAUUAAACAAAGCAGACGAGCAAUAAUUAUUUUGAGCCCAGCCUACGUCAGUGGACCAAGCAUCUUCGAACUGCAAGCAGCAGUGAACUGUGCAUUGGAAGACACAAGGAUCAAACUGGUAUUAAUAAAGUUCCAGGCUUUCCAAGAGCCAGAGACUUUGCCUCCAGUAGUGAAGAAAGCUCUUCGGAUUUUACCAGUCAUUACCUGGAAGACUUCUAUUUCUGCUGCUCCAAACAAGAAGUUCUGGAAAUAUAUGCAUUACCACAUGCCAGUGAAAACUACUAAGAUGUUGGGAAAUUGUAGCCUAAAGGGCUUUUUCCAAAGGUUAUUCAGCCUGGUAUAUCGAUAGC